ACUCCCAAAACCAUACAAAGUAUCGUCAAUGCAAUGGGUGUUAUUGCAAUGGUGGUGUCGGUGGGACAUUGAAUGACUUUGGCUCCAUCGAAAAUCUCUAGUUUUUAUUAAUAAUUGUAUACAUAAACCGCGAGCAUGGAGGCUCUUAUCCCCGUAAUAAACAAGCUCCAAGAUGUAUUCAACACAGUGGGAGCGGAUAUUAUACACCUACCGCAGAUAGCAGUGGUGGGGACUCAGAGCAGUGGUAAGAGCUCAGUGCUGGAAAGCCUGGUGGGCAGGGACCUGCUGCCCCGUGGGACUGGGAUCGUAACCAGGCGACCUCUCAUCCUCCAACUGGUUAAUGUAGAUCCUGGAGAUGCAAGAAAAAAUGAUGACAGUGGCAGAGAAGGUGACGAGUGGGGCAAGUUUCUGCACACAAAAAAUCAGAUCUUCACAGAUUUUGAAGAAAUCAGGCAAGAAAUUGAAAACGAAACGGCACGAAUAUCAGGCAAUAAUAAGGGGAUCAGCGAUGAUCCCAUUCAUCUGAAGAUAUUUUCUCCUCACGUUGUCAACCUGACGCUGGUGGAUCUGCCGGGAAUUACUAAGGUGCCCGUGGGGGAUCAGCCUAAUGACAUCGAGGUUCAGAUAAAGGAUCUAAUCCUGAAGCAUAUCUCCAACCCCAACUGCAUCAUCCUGGCUGUCACUGCGGCUAACACAGACAUGGCCACCUCAGAGGCCCUCAAGGUGGCCCGGGAGGUCGACCCCGAUGGCAGGAGGACACUGGCUGUGGUAACCAAGCUGGACCUGAUGGACGCCGGUACUGACGCUAUGGACGUACUGAUGGGCCGAGUCAUUCCUGUCAAACUGGGCCUCAUCGGAGUAGUCAACAGGAGCCAGCUGGACAUCAACAAUAAAAAAUCUGUGGCCGAUGCCAUUCGUGAUGAACAUGCUUUCCUGCAGAAGAAGUAUCCUUCUCUCGCCAACAGAAACGGAACCAAAUACCUGGCCAGAACCCUUAACCGGUUACUGAUGCAUCACAUCCGAGACUGCCUCCCUGAGCUGAAGACACGGAUCAACGUCCUGGCAGCUCAGUAUCAGUCCCUGCUCAGCAGCUAUGGCGAACCUGUGGAAGACCAAAGUGCUACCUUGCUCCAGCUCAUCACCAAGUUUGCCACAGAAUACUGCAACACCAUAGAGGGCACAGCCAAAUACAUAGAGACAGCAGAGCUGUGCGGAGGGGCCCGAAUUUGUUACAUAUUCCAUGAGACUUUUGGCAGAACAUUGGAGUCUGUGGAUCCUUUGGGAGGACUCAGCACCAUAGACAUCCUAACAGCCAUAAGGAACGCAACAGGCCCACGUCCGUCCCUGUUUGUACCUGAGAUUUCCUUCGAGCUGUUGGUGAAAAAACAGGUGAAACGCCUGGAGGAGCCCAGUUUGCGCUGCGUGGAGCUGGUCCACGAGGAGAUGCAGAGGAUCAUCCAGCACUGCAGCAACUACAGCACACAGGAGCUGCAGAGAUUUCCCAAGCUGCAUGAGGCCAUUGUGGAAGUAGUCACUUGCCUCCUGAGGAAGAGACUGCCUAUCACCAAUGAGAUGGUACAUAACUUGGUUGCAAUAGAGUUGGCCUACAUCAACACCAAACAUCCCGACUUUGCAGAUGCCUGUGGGGUCAUGAAUAAUAAUAUAGAGGAGCAGAGAAGAAACAGGAUGAGGGAGCUGCCCUCUGCCGUGCCCAGGGAUAAGUCUGUUGGCAAAGGCCCGGCUGGUCCAACUGUGGUUUCUGGCGAGCCUUCUGCGUCUGGAGCAGACAUGGAUGGUGCCAAGGCUUCAGCAACAGGACCCCAGGGUGAUCAGGACGGCACAGGGAACUGGAGGGGGAUGCUGAAGAAAGGAGAGGAAGCCCCCGGCUCUGGACCUGGAAGCCCCCUUAAAGGAGUUGUCAAUCUGCUUGAUGUGCCUGUGCCGGUGUCUAGGAAACUGUCGUCACGUGAGCAGCGGGACUGUGAGGUCAUCGAGCGCCUCAUCAAGUCUUACUUCCUAAUCGUUCGCAAGAAUAUCCAGGACAGUGUGCCGAAGGCAGUGAUGCACUUCCUGGUCAACCAUGUGAAGGACAGCCUCCAGAGCGAGCUUGUUGGCCAGCUGUAUAAAUCUGGCCUCCUCAACGACCUGCUGACUGAAUCAGAGGACAUGGCCCAGCGGCGCAAGGAGGCCGCAGACAUGCUACAGGCGUUGCAAAAAGCUAGCCAGGUGAUCGCUGAGAUCAGGGAAACACAUAUGUGGUGAAACGUCAACAAAGGGAGUUGAAUCUGCUGAGCUGAUCUGCCGUCUCCACGUCAUGCUAGGGACUGACGCUUUAUGCACUCAUGUCUGAACAAGUUUAGAUUUGUAACUAUGAAAAUGCACUGUCUUGAUCCCUGCUCAAAGUAGGUAUAUUGGCUCGCACUCUACCUGAAAGAAAUGUACGUAAUUGUUUAUUUAAAAUAUGUGUUGUCUGGAAUACAUGAAAAUGCAUUACUUAUUUUGCUAAUGUUAAAAAUAAGAUUUUGUGCAGCCAAAGGAAACUUUUACGUUUCCUUUUUAACUGUGGUUAACCAGUAUGAAAAUGAAAAAAGUUCCAUCAGUCAUUACAUAUAUGUUUGGACUCUGGUUAGGAGUAACAGUGUCUGGAACCAUAUAAGUUAUAGUGUAACACAGCAGGGAUUAGAAUUCAAAUACACUAGUUGCAGCAAAUGCUAGUCCUCUUGCCUAUGUACAGUACAUACUCAUCAACUUUAUUUUUUUGCACUGAUGUCAACACAUUGUACUGUAUAGAAAGUCCAUCAUCCUGACACUGCAUUGCCAUCAGAAUAUUUGUGUAAUUGUGUGGAUAAUGUUUCAGAUUGCUGCGGUAAGUUGUACUAUUAUAUACAUAUUAAUGCCUACAUGUGAAAUUUAUGGUGCACUGUGGUUUUUUGUGUAUGGUUCCCAGAAGAAUAAAUAGAGGUAUUUUAUUGCCA